GGCGCUCCCCGCCGCUCGCGUCGCCGGCUCUGCAGGCUCGUCCGCUCCGCCCCGGGGCGUCCGGCUCUCGCGAGCGGCGCCGCGGCAGGCCCGGAGCCCGAGGGCGUCGCGCGGCCCACUCGCGGCCGGCAGGAUGGACGCCAGCACCCCCCCUGCGAGCCCCUCUGGCCCACAGCCUCCGCCACCGCAGCCCCACGCCCGCUCGCGGCUCAAUGCCACUGCCUCGGUGGAACAGGACGAGAGGGGGGCGCCCCAUGCUCCAGGACCAGAUGCGGCCAACGCGGCUGCCCCCGCUGCGGCCCGGGCCCCGAAUGCUCAGAGCCAGGAAAGGGCAGACAGAGCAGGGCCUGUGAAGGCAGAUGUGGAGGCGCCCUUUGGAGACGUGCUGGAGAGGGCCAAGGCGGGGGACGCCAAGGCGCAGACAGAGGUGGGGAAGCACUACCUGCUCCUGGCGGGCGCCGGGGACGAGGAACUGAACAACUGCACGGCCGUCGACUGGCUCAUCCUCGCCGCCAAGCAGGGCCGGCGCGAGGCCGUCAAGCUCCUGCGCAGGUGCUUGACCAACAGGAAAGGCAUCACUUUUGAGAACGAGCAGGAGGUGAAGCAGCUCUCCUCCGAGACCGACCUGGAGCGGGCGGUGCGCAAGGCGGCCUUGGUCAUGUACUGGAAGCUCAAUCCCAAGAAGAAGAAGCAGGUGGCCGUGUCCGAGCUGCUGGAGAACGUGGGUCAGGUCAACGAGCAGGAGGGAGCGGCACAGCCGGGCCCCGUCCCCAAGUCCCUCCAGAAGCAGAGGCGGGUGCUGGAGCGCUUGGUCAGCAGCGAAUCCAAGAGCCACAUAGCACCAGACGACUUCGUGGAGAUCACCAAGAAGUACGCAAAGGGCAUCAUCCCCGCCAACCUGUUCCUGCAGGAUGACGACGAUGACGAGCUGGCGGGCAAGGGCCCCGAGGACCUGCCCCUGCGUCUGAAGGUGGUCAAGUACCCGUUGCACGCUGUCAUGGAGAUCAAGGAGUACCUGAUCGACGUGGCCUCGCGGGCGGGCAUGCACUGGCUGUCCAGCAUCGUGCCUACCCAGCACAUCAACGCCCUCAUCUUCUUCUUCAUCAUCAGCAACCUGACCAUCGACUUCUUCGCCUUCUUCAUCCCGCUGGUCGUCUUCUACCUGUCGUUCGUCUCCAUGGUGAUCUGCACCCUCAAGGUGUUCCAGGACAGCAGGGCGUGGGAGAGCUUCCGCACCCUCACGGGCCUGCUUCUGCGCUUUGAGCCCAACCUGGACGUGGAGCAGGCCGAGGUCAACUUCGGCUGGAACCACCUGGAGCCCUACGUGCACUUCCUGCUGUCCGUCUUUUUCGUCAUCUUCUCCUUCCCCAUCGCCAGCAAGGAUUGCAUCCCCUGCUCCGAGCUGGCCGUCGUGUCCGUCUUCUUCACCGCCACCAGCUACAUGAGCCUGAGCUCGUCUGCCGAGCCCUACACCCGGAGGGCCCUGGUGACCGAGGUGGCCACCGGCCUGCUGUCCCUCCUGCCCACCCUGCCCUGCGGCUGGCAGCACCUGAAGCUCUUGGGCCAGACCUUCGUCACCGUGCCCCUGGGCCACUUGGUCGUCCUGAACGUCAGUGUCCCCUGCUUGCUGUAUGUGUACCUCCUGUACCUCUUCUUCCGCAUGGCGCAGCUGCGGGGCUUCAAGGGCACCUACUGCUACCUGGUGCCCUACCUGGUCUGCUUCAUGUGGUGCGAGCUGUCCGUGGUCAUCCUGCUCGAGUCCACCGGCCUGGGGCUCGCCCGAGCCACCGUGGGCUACUUCCUCUUCCUGUUCGCGCUCCCCGUCCUGGUGGCCGGCCUGGCACUCGUGGGCGUGCUGCAGCUUGCCCGCUGGUUCCUGUCGCUGGAGCUCACCAAGGUGGCCGUCACCGCACUGCUGUGCAGCAUCCCCCUGCUGUUCCGCUGGUGGAGCAAGGCCAGCUUCUCGCCAGUGGCCAUGGUCAAGUCCCUGACGCGGAGCUCCAUCGUCAAGCUCAUCCUGGUGUGGAUCACAGCCAUCGUGCUCUUCUGCUGGCUGUACGUGUACCGCUCGGAGGGCAUGAAGGUCUACAACUCCACGCUCACCUGGCAGCAGUACGGCUUCCUGUGCGGGCCCCGGGCCUGGAAGGAGACCAACAUGGCCCGCACCCAGAUCCUGUGCAGCCACCUAGAGGGCCACAGGGUCACGUGGACGGGCCGCUUCAAGUACGUGCGGGUGACGGAGAUCGACAACAGCGCCGAGGCGGCCAUCAACAUGCUCCCGCUCUUCGUGGGCGACUGGAUGCGCUGCCUGUACGGCGAGGCCUACCCGUCCUGCAGCCCCGGCAACGCCUCCACGGCCGCGGAGGAGCUGUGCCGCCUGAAGCUCCUGGCCAAGCACCCCUGCCACAUCCGCAAGUUCGACCGCUACAAGUUCGAGAUCACGGUGGGCAUGCCCUACAGCGGCGCCAACGGCUCCCGCGGCCCGGAGGAGGACGACGUCACCAAGGACAUCGUGCUGCGGGCCAGCGGCGAGUUCAAGGACGUGCUGCUCAGCCUGCGCCACGGCAGCCUCAUCGAGUUCAGCACCGUCCUCGAGGGCCGCCUGGGCAGCAAGUGGCCCGUCUUCGAGCUCAAGGCCAUCCGCUGCCUCAACUGCAUGGCGCAGCUGUCCCCCGCCCGGCGCCACGUGAAGAUUGAGCACGACUGGCGCAGCACCGUGCACGGCGCCGUCAAGUUCGCCUUCGACUUCUUCUUCUUCCCAUUCCUGUCAGCUGUGUGAGCCCAUCCCCACCCACCUCCCCCGGGCCACCCGGCUGAGCGCGCGCCUGUGCCCACCAGCCUGCGGACACCUCCGGUCGCUGCCCGUCCCAGGCACCGGCACCGCGGGAACUGCCUGCGGCGUCGGGAGCCGACGUGGCCAAGAGCUGGCAGGGAGAGCACGGUCCAGGGGAGGCCCCGCCUGCCCCUUCACUGUCCUGCACCAUGGCGUCUCUUAUUUAUUGGGUCACUGCUAAGCCUGGACAGCUGUCUGCUGGAGCGGGACUGGGGCAGGCGGGGGGCGGGGGGGGGGGGCGGCUCCGGGCGCUCGGGCUAGUGGGUCAGCGUGCAGACGAGGGGCCGAUGCACCCAGGAUGGGGACGUGGGAGGCACCCGCGCUGUCCCCUCCUGCACCGUCCCCACCCGGUGCUCAGAAGAGCGUGGCCCCGCUCCAUGUUGGACACAGAACGUCAAGGUCCAGAUGCAGCCGAAAUAAAAACACUUCACGAAACCCA